AGGCUGCCUCCCCCAGCUCCAUGUCCAUGUGUCACACACUAUGUACUCAGCUAUUAGAUGUUGUCAUGGACAGUGUGUAGGAGGAGCUGGUGGAGCUGCUCAGGAGAAUCUCUCUUCUUUUUGUCUCUGGUAACUGGAUGUGUAAUGGGUCCCAGUUUCCUGGUUUUAUUCCUUUUGCUCCUAUCUUCCUGAGAUGGGGUGCGUAGUCAGCAGUAAGGUGCUCCCAGAGCCCAUGGAACCUCCCCUCAAGAAGAACCCUUACUACGUCAAGCUCAUCCGUGCCAUAGUCCCCGUCCAGUUCUGUGGUGAACCAGUAAAAUGCAAAGCCGAAUUUUGGGGUUUGCAAGAAGAACCUAAAAGAGAUCAGGACAUCGAGGAAAAGAGGAAUCAAGUAGCUCGAUACCGUGCAAAAUUUGACCCCCGAGUUAUAGCAAGAUAUGAUAUCAAGGCUCUUAUUGGAAGGGGAAGUUUCAGCAGAGUGGUAAGAGUUGAGCACAGAGCUACCAGACAACCAUUUGCAAUCAAAAUGAUAGAAACAAGAGCCAAAGAAGGCAAAGAAGUCUGCGAGUCAGAGCUUAACAUCCUCAGAAGAGUCAGCCAUCACAACAUCAUCCAGCUCAUUGAAGUAUUCGAAGCUUAUGACCGAGUGUACAUGGUAAUGGAACUAGCCACAGGUGGAGAACUGAUGGACAGAAUUAUUGCUAAAGGAUCAUUUACUGAACGAGAUGCAACCAAGGUGCUUCAGAUGGUUUUAGAUGGUAUAAACUACCUCCAUGGACUUGGAAUAACACACAGAGACCUAAAACCAGAAAAUCUUCUCUAUUACCACCCUGGUGCUGACUCUAAGAUAUUAGUUACCGAUUUUGGUUUGGCAAAUUCUGGUAACAAAGGAGGAGACUGGUCUAUGAGGACCAUAUGUGGGACUCCGGAGUACAUAGCACCUGAGAUUAUUCUGAGAAGACCUUAUAGUAAUGCAGUGGACAUGUGGGCUCUUGGAGUCAUCACUUAUAUUUUACUAAGUGGAUCUAUGCCCUUUGAAGAUGAAAAUCGAACAAGACUUUACCGGCUGAUCCUGAAAGGAAAAUAUAGUUACUUAAGUGAACCAUGGCCAAGUGUUUCCAAUCUUGCAAAGGACUUUGUAGACCGAUUGCUCACUGUAGAUUCCAAAGACCGGUCAGCUGCCAGUGAUGCCAUACAACACCCAUGGAUCAAAACUAUGGCCGCGUCAUCAUCCAUGAAAAAUCUUCAUAGGUCAAUCUCACAAAACCUGAGAAGAAGAGUCUCAUCUCGGUGUCAGAGCACCAAAUCCGAGCAGUCAUUGAAGUCCGGUAACUCCAACAAGUCCCGGAGAAUGAAGGAGAUCAUGGAACGCAAUAUGCGUUAUCAUGCACAUGUGAGCAGGGAGCCCUCGCUAUGAGCAUUUCACAUCAUGUUAUACCUCUACCACAUAAUUUUUUUUAUUACUAUGUCUAAUUUACUUUUCACUUAUAGACUUUUUAUAUGAAAACUCAACACAUUAAUAAGAAUGCUCCAAAAUAACAGUAGUCCCAUCCUUGUCACUGAUGUCAUUGACUGUAAAUAAUAAGAUGCCAGACUAUCUUAUACUAUUCAUAUCCAGGAUGUGUGUGCUUAAGGGGGAUGGGAGAACUAUAUCUUUUACUAUCCAAAGUUUUAUAUUUUCCAUAUAAAAAUUACUUUGUGGCUUGAAAAAAAUUUCUGGGCAAAAGGUAC